UCUGCCCCCCCAGCCCUGCGGUUGCUGUAGAGGAAUGUCCCUCCCCUCUUGCCGUAGUCCUGUGCCAGAAGCAGCAGAUUUGUGUUUACUGCAGGAUCCCUCCUCCUCCCUCCGCCUGGAUGGGAAAACGCAGCAGCGAUGGGUCACGCAUAACGCCUGAUCGCGCAGCGCGGAGUGUGAGGACCAGCGUCCCAGUUCCUCCCAGUUCCUCCCAGUCUGUCCCAGUCUGACCAGCUGGAGGAAUUGUUUGCUACUGGAUCUGUUUUUUCUGCUUUCAGAAGGAGCCAGAGGAACUCCUGAACAUGUGGGACCUUCCUGCAGGAAUCCAGGAUUCGUGACCUUUAAAGUUUUCCAAAUGCGAAAAGCCGGAAGUUUCUGGAAAACCUGCAGGAAGUUUGAGGCAAACAUGUGAACUGAACGGAGAAUUUGAAAGAUCUGGGCUGGAGAAACUUCUGACUCGAUCUGGAGAUGAGCAGCAUGAAGCUCCCUCUUUGUCGCCAAGGCGACCACAACGGCAACGCCUUCCCGGUCUCCUCUUCCUCCUCCUCCUCCUCCUCCUCCUCAUCUCCGGAGUCGCUGAGGAGUCUGAGCGGCGGCCGGACCGAGAGCCCGCUGGAGUACGACCUGCUGGCGGUUACCAUGACGACCGCCGUGAUGCCCGCCCACCUGGAGGAGGUGGUGCUGUCCAGGUGGGCUCCAGAGGAGGAGGAGGAUGAGGAAGGGCGGUUCCAGACCGACGCCUCCGCCUCGCUCUACCUGGACGCCAGCAGCGCCGGCUUCCACCAGGACACCUGGAGCCCCCGCCUGGAUGGUUACCGGGGCAACGGCAGCUGCUCCGCCGACUCGGACACGACGGAGACCCCAGCUGAUGAUGAUGAGGAGGAUGAGGAAGACGAGGCCCUGUUUGUGUCUGUGAGCUCAGACAUGUGUGUGACACUGAGCCAGGUGAGUCCAGCUGGAGCCGGCGCCAGACCGGACCUGCAGGACGGGGGAUCGGACCCGGUGAGGGCAGCGGAACCGCCGCGGGGCGACCCGGACAGCCCGGACCGUCCCGCUGCCUCACAGAACCGCAGCAGAACCUCUAGCACCUCCAGCGAUCCGGUCGGCGGCGCCGUUCCACCUCAGGAGGUCCAUGUGACCCGAACCGGGCCGAGCGGCUCUACCAGAACCUCCAGCCUGGAGACAAAGGGAACCCAGAACCCGUCUCCAUCCAGAACACCCGCUCAGCAGAACCGUCCAGAACCCCGCAGGAGAGCCGAGGUGGUCGGCAGUAGAAGACCGACUCCAGGUCCUCCAGGUCCUCCAGGUCCGGUUAAAGUGGCCCGGCUCCUCAGGCCCAGCAGGGGGAAAGGUGAGGCCACCCGGGCCGACCCCCAGGGGGCGGCGGCCUCGCUGUCUGCACCACCAGAGAAGAAGAAAGCAGCGGAGAGUCGAGCCGCGUCCAGCAGCUCUGUGGGUUCUGAUCCGGUCAGAGAAGCUGCGACACAGACUGCUCAGGAGAAGCUGAGGACUCCCAGCAAGAGGGCCGCCUCCAGGCCGCCGGGAUGCAGCGGCCGGCCCGACCGGGGGCCGGCGCCGCCUGCCAGACCGGACAGCGCCGGGGCAGAAGCAGACGGACCCGCAACCAGGAACCAGAACCAGGACCAGGGUAUUCCCAAACCUCGAGCAUCAGGAGUCGCUCACAGUCCCACCGCCUCCAUUCCCAAACCAUCAUCCAAUCAGCAGUCGGCUCCCGGGUCGGCAUGGCGACCACCUGCUCCCGCCGCCUCCAAGCUCCCUGUGAAAGGCGUGCCGGCUGGGAUGAGCUACUCGUCUCUGGGGAGCAGCGAGAACAACGCCGCCAGCAGCAAAGCUGCCGGGUCGAAACCCGAUGAGCCGCCCAGCAGAGGCAGCAGCAGCACCAGUGCUCCCAGUGCUCCCAGUGAUGGCUCGUCCUGCUUUGCCCCCAAGCCUCCAGCGGCCGCCAUGAGGGGCAGAGCGCUGUCUCUGCAGGCCAGGGCGACGACAGGUUUGAAGAGCCCGACUGGCACCAACCAGAACUCCAUCAGAACUCCUGGCAGCCAGCCGGCGGCGAAGGCGGCGCAGUCCGGGUCGGCGAAGCCCCCGCUGCAGAGGAACGGCUCGACCCGGCUCAGUCGCCUGAACAGCACAGUGGACAGAAACAAGCCGCGGGAGGCGCCGACGAGACCCGCGAGCGGUGGCUCCCAGAUCACCACUGGGAACCAGCAGAACCUCCCAGCUGAGCCGGUACCAGAUGUUCUGAACGCCAACAGCCCAGUAACACCAGCUCUCCCAGUCCCAUCUCCUGAUGGCUCCAGCGCCACAUCCGGGUCCGCCGCACCCACCGGUUCGGGGAUCAAAGCCAGAACCGGGUCACGGUCCAGCCCUAAACACGGGCCCCGGGCGCAGCACGCAUUCCGACCUGGAGCGGCGCCGGCGAAGCAGAACCAGACCAAAGAGCAGGCGGAGAGGAAGAACCAGGCCAUCGUCCAGCUGAGGAGGCUUCUGGUCCAGGGGAACCGCAAGGUGGAGGCGCUGGCCGCUGUCAUCCAGCAUCUGUUCUCUGAGCGAGAGGAAACCUUGAAGAAGAAGAAGGAUCUGUCGUCGGAGCUGGGAAAGCUCAGAGCGGACCUGGCGGCGUCGGCGCAGCUCUGCCAGAACCUGCAGGCGGACAGGGAGGAGGUGCGGUCGAACCUGGAGGAGGCGCUGAGGAGGGCGGAGGAGCAGCACCAGGAGGAGCUGGUUCAGCUGGAGAACAGGUUGAAAAGUUUCUACCAGGCAGAGUGGGACAAAGUCCACCAGCUGUACCAGGAGGAGGCUGAUAAAUGUCGUCUGCUGAUGGAGCAGCAGGUGGAGGAGCUGAGGCGCCGACAGGAAGUAGAGAGGAGGAAACAGGAAGAGAGUCACAGCCAGAAGAUGGAGGCGGUGAAACAGGAGUACGACACUUCCAUACAAGAGCUGAGGAGAGUCCAGGUGACUGAACUAGAGGAUCUGCAGAAAACGCUGAUAGAAACUGAAACGUCGCUCGCUGAGAAAAUCUCGCUGCUGUCGGCUGAAAACGAGAAUCUGAGCGAGAAACUGAGAGCAGAAGAAGAGAGGCGGCAGCGAAUCCUGAGCGACAAAAGCCUGGAUUCCCACACGCUGUACCUGGAGCAGGAGCUGGACAGCCUCAAAGUGGUGCUGGAGAUCAAGAACCAGCAGCUGCACCAGAAGGAGAAGAAGCUGAUGGAGAUGGACAAGAUGGUGGAGACGAACGUCCGGCUGGAGGAGUGUCUGAAGAAGGUGCAGCAGGAGAACGAGGACUACAAGGCCAGGAUGGACAAACACGCGGCUCUUUCAAAGCAGUUGUCCUCAGAGCAGGCCAUCCUGCAGCAGACCCUGCAGAAGGAGUCAAAGGUCAACAAACGUCUGUCCAUGGAGAACGAGGAGCUGCUGUGGAAGCUGCAUAACGGCGACCUGCUGGGCAGCCCCCGCCGCCUGACGCCGCCCUCCCCCUGCGGCUCGCCCAGAGACUCCGCCCACUUCCCCACAGCCGCGCCCCUGUCUCCCAGAUAACCCGGCGCCGGCCGCUGAUGGACGUGUGGCCGGCCGGGCGGCGGCGGGGCCCGGCUCUGACAGGAAACCCGGGAGCAGCGGGAACGCCGGCCGGACUUUUCCUCCUUUAAGGAUUCGACUUGUUCUCCCAAAGAGCGACGCUCAAUCAGUCGGACGUCAGCAGAACCCCGACCCGACCCGAACCCGGUGGACCUCUGUGGAAACCUUUAGACUCUGUGGAAUGUAAAACGCUCCGUCAGCGCCGCCACGGAGCAAAAUAUGCAGAUUAUUUAACAGGAAAUGUUUGUUUUCCUCCAGAACCAGAACCAGAACAGAGUAACUGGAAGAAUAAUUUAUCCGUUCAUGUCUCAUGGAGUCUGUUGUUGUUUGUCCUGAAGAACCUCAGAUUUACCCAGAAUGCCUCAUUGUUCUGCCUCAGAAUAAAAUCACUAUGACAUCA